UUGCCUCCGGAAGCUAGUCAUGUGUCCAAAAUUUCUGAGACGGCCCGUCCUGAAAAAAUCUUGCCCACUUCUGAAGAAAAUUCAGCUGAGGUAAGCAUUCCAACACCACCUAUUCCAUUGGCCCAUGCCUCUAAUUCUUCUGAUAAUUUCAAGGAAGAGGAGUGGUUUGAUGAAGAUACGUUUUUCAAUGAGGCGAAUCCCACUAAAGUGAACACUAUUAUUUCAAACGAUGAUAUGUAUUUUAAUGAGACGAAUGAUGCUAAUACGCACAAUAGCGACUUCAAUUCAU